AUGGCUUCGACUUUCCCAGGCCUGCCUUUGGAGGUCAUGACGGCCAUCUUUUCGCAGCUGAUCCCCCACGGCGAAGACCAGCAGCUGCGAAGCGCGAAUCGCUUGGCGCUCUACAACCUGUGCCUCGUCUCUCGCCAGGUCCGGGACAUUGCGCUGCCCAUGCUCUACCACCGCGUCGAGCUGCAGUGGGACGACGGGCUCCGCGCCUUCCUCCGCACGAUCUCGGAGACCAAUCACGGCCUCCUCACUCGACAUUUCGACCUGGCCCAUCCCGGCAGUCGUCACAUCCCCCAGUCGCCCGAGCUUGCCCGGCAGAUGGCGGGCCUUCCGCGCACCUUGCCCCACCUCAAGAGCUUUGCAGUGAGGGGCCUCCCCCGCGAUCUGGUGGGCUAUCCCAGGGGGACUAUCCACCUCGCCCGGAACUACCUCUCUGAUGGCUACUCGGCAUGGUGGGAGAGCCUCGAGACGCUGGACCUCUCCUACUCAGUGCUCAGGCCGUUCCUUGGGCCCAAGCUAAACCUGUUUGAAUCCGUCACUCUGAUCGGCAGCAACAUGCCACCACGGGCCCUGACCACGCUCAAUCUGGAGCGAACAGACGUCGACGACGCCACGAUCGAGGCGAUCCUCCUCGACCCGUCGUUUGCCAACCUCAAGUCGCUCAACCUCGCAUCGUGCUCCUUCCUCCGCAACGUCGGGCACCUCCUCCACAAGGCCUUUACCGGACAGGACCCCGCUCCUCUCCCAGACGGCCACGACGACGGGGAGAAGAUGGGGCGCGUCGUCCCGCGCCUGACGUCGCUCGUCCUCAGCCAUACCUACCUCCUCGACACCGACGGCAUCGGCGAGGACUGGGAGACCGAAGAGGACGAAGAAUGGACCGAAGACGACGACGACAUGGAUCAGGAUGCAGGCUCCAGUGAAGACGAGCCGGAAGAGGAUCAUGAAUGA